AUGAACCAGACCAUACAACUCGGAGAGAGAAGCUUUUCUUCUCCGGUGUUAGACCUGGAAUUGUCAGUACGUGCUUCUGCGACGAUAUCUUCUUCAGACAGCUCAAAUCUACCCUGUGACCCGGGGCGCUUGAGGGAGCUUCUUUGUUCCGGCAGCGUUUGGGUAUCUCAAGCGCCCGGCCUCGAUAUGAACCUCACUAUUGCGUGCACGCCUGGCCUACACGACCUGAUUGGGCACUUUGCGUCUCAACUAGGCGAUGCGAUCUGCGAAGCAAAGAUAUGGUCCGAGCUCGGACUGAGUGCCCUCUACCAAAGCUGUAUACAGUCGCCGGACCAGAUACCGCCGGAAAUUGAGCUUUCUUUCGGAAUACAAAGACGACUUGAUUCUACCGAGGCGGCCAAAAAAUGUCGAGUCCCGAAAGUACUAAGAAAUCUUGGCGAUUUCCUGCCUCCUCCUCGCGUCCCAACCGCAUAUAUAACCUCCGUCGAUAUCCUACUGGGUUACAACCACAAAAGCCAUCGAGACCGAACGUAUGCGCCGUCCCCCACAAUACCCGCCUCUCCAAGUGAAGAUCUACAAUGUUUCGAGGAUAUACUACAAUUGCAUGAGUUUAAGGACCUGGAUAGCGAUCGAGUAUACCUUUCUCCGGGGAGCAUCUUGAGUGCUACGAAGAGCAGUGACACGAUAUUCGACAAGAGCUCCAGGGAGGUGGAUGAAGGACAGAAGCCUGACAGUUCCUCUCCAAUAAGCGUUACAAUUCUCCCAGGACGGAGAGCUUCCAGGGUCUAUCUAGACUAG